GAGCGGAAGUAAAUGAAGUGAGGACUCUUUCUCUCUCUCCGUUGGAGACUUGCUAGCGUGCGCAGCAGAGUAAACGGCGCACGAUAACAAAAUGUAUUAGAGACCCUGCGCAUGAUAGCCACCAUCGUAGGGAGCUUGUAGGUCGGACGGUGAACUAAUUAAACACUUCGGUUAUUUGGUAAAAACAAACAUAAUACUCUCUUUCUCUCUCUAAAACUUCCAUGGGCGAUCUCUCUCUUUAUUUCUGAUUGGUUAUAUAUAAUUUGAGAAGGUUUUUUCGUGUUGCUUCUUCAAUGGCCGCUCCACCUGCAAGGGCUCGAGCCGAUUACGAUUACCUCAUAAAGCUCCUCCUGAUCGGCGACAGCGGUGUGGGUAAGAGUUGUCUUCUUUUGCGUUUUUCUGAUGGUUCCUUUACUACCAGUUUUAUCACUACCAUUGGCAUUGACUUUAAAAUAAGAACUAUUGAGCUUGAUGGCAAACGGAUCAAGCUCCAAAUCUGGGAUACAGCUGGUCAGGAGCGGUUCCGAACAAUCACAACUGCUUACUAUCGUGGAGCCAUGGGUAUUUUGCUGGUCUACGAUGUUACAGAUGAAUCAUCUUUCAACAACAUUAGGAACUGGAUUCGCAACAUUGAGCAGCAUGCUUCUGACAAUGUCAACAAGAUACUUGUAGGGAACAAGGCUGACAUGGACGAAAGCAAAAGGGCUGUGCCUACUUCCAAAGGCCAAGCACUUGCUGAUGAAUAUGGCAUUAAAUUCUUUGAAACUAGUGCAAAGACAAAUCUUAAUGUAGAAGAAGUUUUCUUCUCAAUAGGAAGGGAUAUAAAGCAAAGGCUUGCAGACACCGACUCCAAGGCCGAGCCUACAACAAUCAAAAUUAAUCAAUCAGAUCCAGCAGGUGGGGCAGCUCAAGUUGCCCAAAAAUCAGCUUGCUGCGGUUAAACAAACAAUUUAUUGCAGGAGCAGGGCCACAUUUUGGGUGCUACCUCCAGAGAAAAAUGAAAAUGGGAAAUCUAAUUGCGAUGACAUUGUUUUGGGUGCGUGUAGUUCUUUAUAUUAUCUUUCUUUUCGAACCUCUUUUAGUGUUUGAAAGGUAGUAUCUUAUUAUUUUGAGAAAUUUAUAUGUUUCACAUCUCGUUUUGUUCUUGAAAAUUUAAGUUCUUUUUGCUGAGAGACAUUAUGGUAUGGCCAUGUUUGUUUGGCUGGA